AUGACACUUAUUACAUUCAAGAAUUUUCGUGGCAAAAAAUCAACAACCAAGUCGGGCCGUCAAUACCGAUUUAUUGUCAAAAAGAAAAGGAAAGAAAUGGCGAAACGAGGCACAUUGUCCGGUGACUAUACAGUGCCGGCUGCAUAUUAUGAACACAUGCCAGUUAUGGACAGCGACCCUGACGAAACCAAUGGAAUCGUUCGUUUCCUUCGCGACGAAAUAUUCGCUCCCAGUAAACGCCGAGGGAAUUUGGAAACUGCCAUGUCUAUCAUAGUGUUUGCCGGAGCCGUCGCUCUCUUGAGAAAUUAUGGAGAACUUUUGGCGGUGUAG